GGGCUUUCCACUCUGUUGGCAUGUGAUUCUUCUUCCUUGCAGGAUCAAUGACAGUGACAAUGAGGCUGUAAACACAGAUGUCUCAUCCAGUUACAGACUGACACAUGGAUGUACUGGAGAGGGAUGUCAGCCAGAAAGGGGUUCACAUCGGGACUGCAAUCUGAAAGAUGUUUCGUGCUGCGGAAAGACUCAAACUGUUGAUCAGUCAUCUUGAUCGGUCACCGGCAGCGAUCAGAGCUGCACCGACCUCUGCUCAAACCUUCACCUACAGCAGUCACCCACAGACAUUCAGAUACACUUUUGAUACUGACCUGUUGACCACAGAACAGCGACUCUUUUAUGAGGAAAAUGGCUUCAUUCUCAUCAAGAAUCUGGUGUCUAAGGAGGACAUCGACAAGUUCAGGAAAGAGUUUGAACGGAUCUGUCGACAGGAAGUGAAAGUUCCCGGUCUGGUGGUGAUGAGAGAUGUGGCAAAUGUUAGGUCAGAGUUCGAUCCGGAUCAGAAAGCUUUCUCCAAGCUCCAGGACUUCCAGGAAGAUCCUGAACUGUUCCAGUACUGCACCUUACCACAGAUCCUAAAGUAUGUGGAGUGUUUCACUGGACCAAACAUCAUGGCCAUGCACACCAUGCUUAUCAAUAAACCUCCUGACGCAGGUAAGAAGACGUCUCGUCACCCACUGCAUCAGGAUCUGCAUUACUUCCCGUUCCGACCAGCCGACUGGAUUGUCUGCUCUUGGACAGCAAUGGAGAAGGCGGAUAGGCAGAACGGCUGUCUGGUCGUCCUGCCGGGAACACACAUCGGCACGCUGCAGGAGCACGACUAUCCCAAGUGGGAGGGUGGGGUGAACAAGAUGUACCACGGAGUGCGAGGCUAUGACCCACAGCACCCCAGGGUGCACCUGGAGAUGCAGAGGGGUGACACUGUCUUCUUCCACCCGCUGCUCAUCCAUGGCUCUGGCAUGAAUCAGACGCAGGGUUUCCGCAAGGCCAUCUCCUGCCACUACGCCAGCGCUGACUGUUAUUACAUCGAUGUAAAGGGAACCACACAGGAAAACAUAGAGAAAGAGGUGAAGGAGAUUGCAGCUAGGAAGUAUGCUGUGGGCGACGAAAUUACUUUGAAGGAUAUUUGGGCUGUCCGAGGCCGUCUGGUGCAGGGAGAGAGGGUCUCACUGUGAGGACACCACAGACAUGCUUCAAAAGACAGCUACAUGACUGCAGGGUGGCCAAUCACUUAGCUGAAAUGAGUACAGAUUAAUAUAGUGAUUGGAUAAGAAGCAACAGGGCAUGAUCACACUGGCACAGGAAGUGCUCGAGGCUUCCUUUUAGUUAAAGCGGAUUAAUUUUUCUUGUGGUACAAUCCUAAUUUCUUUUAGCAGAGGAGAAAUUGAAUUUUUAGAUUACUCACUGUACAAGUAAUUUUGCUCAUAACAGUUUGGACGUUUGUUUUGGAAAUGUGAUGUAGAGCACGUUGUUCUAACAGAGAACAUAAAGACGGGAUAAUAUGCAAAUAAAAAAGGUCAGUUAUCUCAUAAACAAAUCGCUACAUAGUGCUUAGGAAAAGAAAGCAUCUGACAUUCUGUCAACAUCCUGCUACUUGUUUUACAGCACAAAAAGAAGCUAAAAUAGCACUUAAAAAAAACAAUGGAACAGUGUGAAUGCAUCUUGAAAUGUCUAUCAAGCUGUUUAAUUAACCAAACCCUUAAUGGAAAGGGAUGUUAAAUGCGCCAAUAGACAAGCUUGAAAAAGACGUAGCAUGGGGAUUAGAAAAAAUUAGAAUUAUUAUACAGUGAAAGAGACAGAGAGGCAGAGUGAAGUUGACAGGGAAACAUAAAGGAGUGACACUGUGAUAAAAACGAUAUUUAAGUAGAAAUGUGUAAAUAAUCUAGGAUGAAUAUAGCGCUUAAUCAACACACAGAGGUCUUAAUCUUAUAUUGUUUUAUCACACAGUCACAGACACAAGAAUAUUAAAACAGUGACACAUUUAUAAUGAGUGAAUGGAUUUUGUUCUUCUUUUUAGGAUCAUGCUAUGAUAAAUGUAAUGUUCUAAUAAAAUUAAUAAUA